AUGCCCUUCUUCACUCGUGUUUUCCGGGGCAAAGACGCCACUGCGUCGAAGAAGGCGGCCAAAACCCCCGUCGCGGAGGACACUGGCCCCGCGAAACCAACAUGGACCGACGCGUGGCAGCGAACCGAGGUGGCCCCCGAGGAAGUUCAGGACCUGCUCCGGGGAUGUACGCAAGAAUUGAAGUCGCGAGCUCUACAAACCCCUUUCCUCCUCUUGCCCUUUCGUCCCAGCUCCGACUCAACGGCCGCUCGUACCUUCAUUCGAAACUAUUUCAACCAGUCAGUCGAGAGAGGCUCGCCUCUUGGUGGAGAUGCCUUGUCGCAAGAAUUACGGCUUUCGGACCCCAUGGUCCUUUGCAGUGUGAUGAAGUGGUGUUGGUCUAGACUCCCCGGCGGAGUGGUCACUUGGGAGGCGUACGAAUUGUUCAAGGUCGGCGAGCAAGAUUCUCAAUUCGCUCGCGAUGCUUUCUCGACUUUCAUUCCCAUCAGCGUUGAUUCAGAUGCCCGGACCAAGAUCAUCUUCGAUUUCUUCGACCUCUUGACGGCUAUCGCGGCCCACGGAAAGUCCAAUGGUCUUGGAGGACGGAAGCUCUCGAGAUAUGCCGGGUGGUGGGCCUUUGAACACACGGACAUGGGCAAUGGCUUCGAAGCCGCUUAUAAGAAUUGGAUGGCUGCUGCGGACGCAACAAGCCACCUCUUCUUCGCCUACCUGCGCUCGAUGUCUCCGGAGGCCCGAGGAAUGGGCGGUAUCUCUACCCUUCCUAUUGCUUUACAGUCUUUGGUCCAAGCGACGGAGUAUCCGCCGGAGAUGCCCGCUCUCCUCCAAGUGUCGACCACCAGAGUGGUCAUGAUUGUCGAUACGGUCUCGCCUACCCCCUUUGCUCUUCUUCGGCGCGCAAAGAACUUCGAGUACCGAGACAGUGAUCGCCAUCUGCAAGAAUUCGCCAAUUUCGAAGACCCCCUCCGUGCUCUGACCGAUGAGUGUCUCCGUGUGCUGAGGUCCAUCUCUUCCACCAAUCAAUCCACCGAGUCGGACCCCACGAAGUCCGACCGGGAGGCUUCGUGGUCUAGGUUCGAGGAUUUCGGUUUUGGCGGUGCGAUUGAGUCCGACUUGGACGAUGAGGCGAAGGGAUCUGCCUCGUCGAGGGAGUUCGGGGGUGGUCUGCGAUCCGCUCCGCAAUCCGGCGGGGGUGACCUGGGGCGUCCUACCACUCCAUCGUGGGCAGACUUCAUGUCAUCGGGCUUUAGUGAUGAGAAUGUCUUCAAGUCUCCCGUUGCUCCCGUGCUACUUCCCCCCGAUAAAGUUUUGCCUCCUAUUGCAACUGUUCGCGGCCAGAGUUCGCAGUCUCAUAAGCGUACUCUGGACACUGAGACGUCUAUCGACCCGGGUGAACUGGCAAGUAUCACCACUCUCGACCUCGACGACUCGUUCUGGUGGGUGUGGAUUAGCAGUCUGGCAAUCGAGGAGUCGCCGCUGCGCAAAGCUGUGUUUGGACGGUGCGCGCUGCUCGAAACUGUCAUCAAGGGAGCGAAAUGGCUGGUUCUUGAGGAGCAGGUCAAGGGCGCGGCCCCUGAACCCGAGCCCGGCGCGCACAUUGUUGAAAAGAAGAGCUUCUUCGGGUUCUCAACGCGCAAAAGACUGGGGCGGCGCAAGUCCUCCGCCAAGAAGGUUAGCGCAGUAGAGGAUUCAUACAAGAGACCUGACAACCAGGCGCCGCAGAGCAAGACUAGCAUUGCUCCUGACCAGCAUGCACGCAUUCAGGCUGCUGCCGCCGCCCUCCAGAGAAAGCAUCGGGAGCAGGAGUCUGCAAAUGGAUCUCAAACCAAUCUCGCAAACAAUCGUUAUUCGACCAAGACUAACUCCGUCAUGACCUUGCAACCGGGAAUUGUGAACGAAGCCUCGCAGGCCAUGAAAUGGGCUAGCAACUACGACAAGAAUACUUACCGAAAGGCCUAUUUGAGCGAUGACCGUGCGGGAACUGGAGCCCCGUCACACAGCAUGAAGGAAGCCUUGCGAGAGAGCCCCGACCUGCCGCCGUCACCGACGACGAGUACUCGCCAGGCACCUCCUCCACUGCCGAAGGAUUCAACUCCCAACUCUCCGGUGCCCAGAGCAUCCAAGGAGGUUCCCGAGGAGACCUCGAGUACCCUCAACAAUAGCACGAGUGACCCGUUAGCGGUUGAAUCGGUUCCCAAGAAAUCGAUGGACUCGGCAGACGACUCGGGCCGAAAGUUGAAGAAGAAGGCCGGAAACACGGGAUUCAAGGGUCUCUUUGGCACGGUCAAGAAGAAGAAUACCGAGUCCGAACCAAGACCGCCAAUGAAACCAACUGGCGCUGAGAAAUCAGCCGUCGCCUCCGCUCGCGCUGCUUUGGAGAGCAAGGCUAUGGCUUCGCAGCAGCAGACUGCUCGUUCUUCUCCCAAGGGGCCCUCGACUCUGAAGAAAAAGCCGGUUCCAGGAACCCCAACCGCUGAGUCUCGCGAGGCCAGUGCUGAUGUGGCCGCUACACCGCAGGCGCCGCAAUCACCCCAGACGCCUGAAAAGCCGGAACCCCAGCAGCACACUCAAUCCAGCGACCAGCCUCAUGAGGUCAGAGAGCCUUCCCAUGAGGUCCCCAGCCCGCCCAACGCCAACGGUUACUACGGUAAAAGCCGACGGGAAGCCGAAAUCGACGCCCUCUCGCGUGUCGACACUAAUGAACGGGCGGCGGCUGACCGCGAAUUUUCGAGGUUUGAUCAGGGACCUCUCAUGGAACAACCGGCCUUUGUCCCUCAAGAUUCGCCGGUGUCCGCAGACUUCCCCGAGAAGAAAAGUCCUCCUUCGGCAGCCCCAGUCGCGCCAGUCGCGCCCGAGGCACCCGCCGAGCCCAAGGCCAACGAUGUUGAGACCAGUACUCCUAGUCAGCAGAACAAUCCCUCGUACGAUCGUUGGGCUCAGAUCCGCAAAAACGCCGCGGAAAGAGCUCAACAGGCUCCUGAAGAGACCCACCCCCAUGAUGCUGAUGACAGCGACGAUACCAGCGAAGAAGAGAGCUUUGAGACUCGUGCCGCUCGUAUCAAGGCCCGUGUUGCCGAGCUGACCGGCAACAUGCAGGCCUCCACCUAA